AUGGAUUUAUCCACAUUGAGCGCUUAUAUGCUAUUCAAAGUAAAGCAUAAAAAACCUAUUGAAUUUAGCGAUUUUCGAAUUGAAUUGAUUCGACAACUGAUUGAGAGAUGUGCUCAACCCAAAAAUCUAAUUGGCUGUCCAACUAUCGGAGAUAAUCCUAUACGUCUUACUGCACGUCAUUUUCCAUCUCUACUUCCACCAACAGCAACAGUAAAAAUGGCACGAAGAUCUUGUAUAAUUUGUAGUCAUACAAGCAGACGCGAGAAAAAGCGUACCGAUACACGUUAUCAAUGUGGUGUUUGUAACGUUGGAGUUUGUGUUGUAGGUUGUUUUGAAGAAUAUCAUACGUUGGAACAUUUCUGA